UCGUUUCUGCGGUUCUGCUGUGUGUCGCAAAGCUACACCGCAAGAGAAUCCUUUCGUUCUGUGCAACCAUUGUCUUUAGCCGCCUUGUUUGAUUUUGCUACGCAAAGGCAUCUUUUCAUGGUUCUUUGCAUGCACUAUUCAAGAUGACGUCCACAAAGAGCAGUGUAAAGCAGAGGGUGGCUAUAGUUGGCUCGGGUAUGGCUGGUUUGGCCACAGCGCACCUUCUUCACAAUGAUAAACAUCAGCGGUACUCUGUGACUGUCUUUGAAAGCGGUGAAUCCUUCUCACUCGAUUCUGCGUCCGUAUCUAUAGAAGAUGAAUCUCAAAAAAUUGUCGAUCGCAUUGACGUCCCUAUGCGCGCCUUCGCAGAAGGCUAUUACAAAAAUCUGAUCAGCAUGUACAAAUACCUAGGGGUACGAUACCAUUUUCAACUAUUCGUUUAUAGCUUCAAGAAAAACGCUGUCAGUGAGACUUGGAACAAGGAGAGCAAGGAAGGUUACUUUGUCUAUUCUUCGAACAACCAUGGAUUUCCGCCAAUAUGGCCGGAGGGUAUUAAUCUGUUCUCAUGGCUCAUAGAAAUCGGGUAUGUAGCCGUCUGCUACCUUUGGUGGUCGCUUUGCUGCUUCUGGAUUCCACCGGCACUCGCAACAAACUCUCGUCUCUGCGAAUCUUUAGAAGAAUACAUGAAACGCAUCAUGCUUCCGCGCCACUUCGUGAACUUCUACCUUCUCCCUCUCCUCUCGAGCGUUGCGACUUGUACGCACGAAGCUCUUCUCCGGUUUCCAGCUAGGGAUUUGACCGAAUAUAAAAGACAAUCAGCAGGGGGGGACCAUUACACGGUUUCUAGUGUGCACGAAGUGCAAAAAUCGCUAGGAUCCGGACUGAAAACAAAAUUUUCCACGCUGGUCACUAAGGUUGAAGUGCUCCAAGAUGGGAGACUUGAGGUCGUGUGGAAUACAUCGGAUAAUGUAACUCAUAAAGAUAUAUUCGACCGGGUGGUUUUGGGGGUGGCCCCUGAUAUUGCCGGAAGGAUCUUCCAACCACUCGGAAAAGCCAUGGCACAGAUUCCAACAACAAUGGUCCACAGCAUUGUACAAGGUAAUGGUAUGAAGGUCGCCUUGAAUGACACUAAGGCAAGUGAGUUGGCACCGAAGGGCGCCAAAGCAGCGGAAACGAUACACCUUCGCACAUCAACUAGUCUGGCACAAACAGAAUCCAUACACGUCCAUGGAUCCGGAGCUAUGGUGACGACGUGCCCAUUCACCGAUGUUUCAUCAGCAUCAAAUGUGCUGAGAUCCGUAAAAUUCCUUCGAGCCCUCCGCACCCCACUCAGCAGGCAUGUGGUUAACAGCAUAUUCGGCGAGAACAUCGGCAGUCCUCUCGUGGACGAGAAACAACCCUCCUGGAGGAGCGGCGACGACAAGAUCUAUUUGGUUGGAGGCUGGUGUUGGGAUGGCAUGGUACUCCUGGAAGGCUGUGUGAUCUCUGCUAUGAGGGUUGCCUCGGCGCUUGAUGUAGAUAUACCAUGGAACGGUUUAUAGGCUUGAAUUAAUGACAUAAUACCCAUUACAGUGUGAGUCUUACAGUGCACUAGGAUUGUAGAAUCUUCAGCAAUCGAUCUAACGGCAACAGAUGGUGGCCUAUUCGCAUUUUGAAGAACCUACUGCUGAGCUUAGGAACUAUAGUACCGUCAUGGAUACAGUUCGGUUCACUUGUCGACUUCAACGACAAUCACCACCUUUCCCCUUGCGUGGCCUCCAUCCAGCCUGGCAAAAGCAUCCUCGAACUUUUCAAGAGGCCACACGCUGUCGACCACUGGUUUACAAACACCAGCUUCGACCAGUUCAGUGAUAUUUUUCAGCUGCGAGCCGUUUGCUUCCACAAUGAAAAAGAGGUUAUUGACGCCUUCAACCUCCAAAUCUUUUGGCCUCUUCUCCUCAGGCGGUUCGUAGAUACUGACGAGAGUCCUCCACUCUUUAAGUCCACCAAGCCUCCUCCAACGUCUUCCUACAACAAGAUCAAAUUUCCUUCCCGCAACUUCGCUCACCCAAUCUUUCAGCGACACCUGGCGAUAAUUGAUCGCAACAUCCACCCCGAGCGACUCGACAAACGCCACAUUAUCUGGCCCACACGUCCCAGCCACCUCGGCCCCAGCCCACCUUGCCAACUGCACGAUCCAAGAACCUGCACCCCCAGACGCCGCCGUAACCAAGACCCUCUUCCCCUUUGCCGCCCCCUUUUCUGCCUUCAACCUCCCACGCACAAACAGCGCCUGCCAGGCCGUCAAUGCACUCAGUGCCACCGCCGCGCUUUCGGCCCACCCCAGAUUCCUCGCUCGUACCCCUAGCUCCGCAGUCGUAAUAAUCGUGUACUCCCUUGCCAUGCCCGUGCGGGCGAACUCUGUGCGUGCAUACACCUCUGUGCCAGGUUGGAAUGGCGAGCCUGCCGGGGCGGUAACUACGGUGCCGGCGACGUCAUAGCAGGGUAUCGGCUCCUUGCGUUUGGUGUCUGGGUUCUUUGCGUUUUCAGGCCAGAGUAUUUCCCCGGCGCAUGGGGCGACAGCGUGUGCGCGGAUGAGGUGCUCGUUAGCGGAGAGGUCGGGGACUGGGAGGGGGCAGGUUUGUAGGGUUAGGUGCUGAGUGUUUGGGUCCAGUUGGAAGAGAGCGCGCAUUGAAGAUGGGAGGAGUAGGGUUGCCAUUGUUGCGGCGGAUCUGUGUGUGGCUUUUGAGAUAGAACGUGGCGUUGCCGCUGUAUUAUGGGAGAGAUUGGAUUGUCUUGUUCGGCAGUUGCUUGUGAAGUUAAUCGGCU